AUGCCCGUGGCAACUGAACUGCAAAAGCCUGGCCCGGGCAAAGAGCAGGUAAUACACAAUGUCCCUAAGGCUAUCAAGGAACUCAGUUUCGGAGUCUUGUCCGAUCAAGAUAUCCUCAACCAGUCCCAAGUCGAGCUCGUCGACCGUCGCAUGUUCGAAGUCCCUCCACAGACCGGCCGCCGUACUCUAUGCGAGUUUGGCCCUCUGGAUAGGCGCAUGGGAAUUUCCGGCAAAAGAGACUCAUGUGCGACUUGUGGAGAACCCCUGCAAACUUGCAAUGGCCACUUCGGUCAUGUGAAACUAGUCCUGCCAGUCUUUCACGUUGGCUACUUCAAAAAAGUCAUUCAGAUCCUUCAGAGCAUUUGCAAAGACUGUUCCUGCAUAUUGUUAUCCGAAACCGACCGACGAAAGUUCAUAGGCGCCCUUCGGCGUGCGGGAGAAGACAGUCUUAGACAAGCCGCCAUCAUCAGAAAAGUCGCAGAUCAAGCUCGAAAAACAAAGACUUGCUAUGAGUGCGGUGCCAUCAACGGCCUCGUGCGCAAGGCGGGUACACACUCCAUGAAAAUCGCCCACGACAAAUUCAAAUCCUUCAACUCCUCGACUUCCGCCAAAAAGAUUGCUCCGCCCGAGAAAGUUGCGUUUGACAGCUCUUUUGAAAGUGCCAAAUCAAAUAACACCGAGUUGGAGAAGCAUAUGAAGAAGGCUAUGGACGACCUGAAUCCGCUUCGUACUUUGAAGCUUUUCAAACGUGUCAAACGUUCAGAUCGCGAGCUCCUUGGACUCCGCUCUGCCAGCCCUGAAUCGUUCUUAUGGCUUUACAUGCCUGCUCCACCCGUCUGCAUCCGUCCAUCGGUAGGGCAAGAAGCUGCCAGUACCGAGGAUGAUAUCACUGCCAAACUUGGUGAUAUUGUCGCCGCCAACGCUGCCCUGGAUGAGGCUUUGCAGAAGGGUGCUCCUGUUCAGUCCAUCAUCGAACACUGGGACUAUCUUUCUUUGCAACUGGCCAUGUACAUUAAUAGUGACGUCCCAGGUCUCGCAAAAGGAGAGUUUGGAAAAUCUAUCAGAGGCUUUGUCCAGCGCCUUAAGGGCAAACAAGGUCGCUUCAGAGGAAAUUUGUCAGGGAAACGAGUUGAUUUCUCCGGUCGUACUGUCAUCUCACCUGAUCCCAAUCUCCGAAUUGAUGAAGUUGCUGUCCCAAUCUUGGUGGCCAAGAACAUGACAUAUCCAGAAGUGGUCAAUGAGAUCAAUAUCGAAAAGCUACGGCAAAGAGUUCGAAAUGGAGCGAAUCGAUGGCCCGGUGCUAAUUAUGUCCAGAAGGUAGAUGGUGACUUCAAGAUUUUCUUAAAAUUCGGAAAUCCAAAGAACGUGGCGAAAGACCUGAAGGAAGGCGAUAUUGUCGAGCGCCAUCUAGAAGACGGUGACAUCGUUCUCUUCAAUCGUCAACCAUCUCUACACAAACUCAGUAUCCUGAGCCAUUUCGUCAAGGUCCGUCCCCAUCGAACAUUUCGACUCAACGAAUGUGUUUGCAAUCCUUAUAACGCAGACUUUGAUGGUGAUGAGAUGAAUCUUCAUGUUCCACAAACCGAAGAAGCACGAACUGAGGCCACCUUGCUCAUGGGUGUGAAACACAACAUUGUGACUCCAAAGAACGGUGAACCUAUUAUCUCGGCCAUCCAGGAUUUCAUAACUGCAUCUUUCCUUCUCAGCAGUCUCGAAGAAUUUUAUGACAGAAAAACAUUUGUUACGCUAUGUGUUGGGAUGUUGGAACCAGAGACUGCAUUCGACCUUCCACCCCCUUCGAUCAUCAAGCCAGAGCUUCUAUGGACUGGCAAGCAAGUUUUCAACGUGUUGAUGCGACCGAACAAACGAUCUCCUGUCACCGUCAAUCUUGAUGCUACUUGUCGUGACCAUAAGCAAUAUCACCCAGACCUUCACCGAGAUCUUCAAAACGACAGCUUCUUAUGUAUUCGAAACUCCGAGGUCAUGUGUGGUCGUAUGGACAAGUCUACUGUUGGCUCAGGCAAGAAGAACUCGUUAUUCUACAUUUUGUAUCGUGACUUCGGUCCAGAUGCAGCCGCCCAAGGCAUGAAUAGACUAUCAAAACUCUGUGCAAGAUGGCUUGGGAACCAAGGUUUUACUGUUGGCAUCAGCGACGUUACUCCUACAGAGAUGUUGGUGGGAGUCAAGGCCGACAUGAUCUCAAGGGUAUUCGAGGAAUGCAAUACGUUCGCUCGUGACUCUAAAGCUGGCAAACUCAAGCGGAAGGCCGGGUUGGACGAUGCUGGAACUCUCGAACAAGAACAGGUUCGAGUGCUGAGUACUGUCCGAACCAAUAUUGCAGGAGUUCUGACUACCCAGCUCAGCAAGCGGAACACCCCAAUGAUUAUGGCUACAUCAGGGUCUAAAGGCUCAAAUAUCAACGUCACACAGAUGGCUGCACUCCUGGGUCAACAGGAUAUUGAGGGUAAACGUGUUCAAGAUGGAUUUCAAGACCGUACGCUACCGCACUUCAACAAGCAUGAGCGUUCUCCCCCUUCAAAAGGAUUUGUUUCCAACAGCUUCUUUAGCGGAUUGUUGCCCUACGAAUUUUUGUUCCACGCCGUGGGUGGGCGAGUUGGCUUGGUCGAUACUGCCGUGAAGACUGCAGAAACAGGUUAUAUGUCGCGACGAUUGAUGAAAUCGCUGGAAGAUCUAUCGACUCAAUAUGACCGUACCGUGCGGAAUUCAGCCUCAAACAUUGUUCAAUUUCGAUUUGGUGACGAUGAACUCGAUCCUGUCGAUAUGGAAGCGAGCGCUAAGCCUGUCGACUUCGAGCGUACAUAUGCUCAUGUUGAGGCAACAACCUAUGAUACAACUGAAGCUGGGCUCAAGGACACCGAGAUAUAUACUGUCAUGGAAGAUAUUCUGUCCACCAAGCGCAGUCUAUUGAACAGAGUUGAUCUGAAUGGGGUUGAAUUACCUUAUGAGACUGAUGAUGACCGCCUGGCCGAUGGCCAUGAAAGUCAUAGAGCAUUCUUAAGAUCGAUUCACGAUUUCGUGAUGGCAAAAGCACAAUCGUUCACCAAAGCAAGAGCUGAGAAAAAGAAUUUUGCUUUGCCCCCAUCCUUGCCUCCAUCCUCGUCUGGCCCAUCAUCUUCCACACCAAAACGUAAAGCAGAUGCAGACCCUGAGGAAGAAGAGGCUGCUGAAUCAGCUUCAGCGAGACGUUCUGGUAGGAAGCCAGCUGCACCACGCAAGCCUGCCGCAAAGACAGCCAAGAAACAGAAGCAGGCGUCCGUUCAUCCAGAUAAAUACGUCAAAAUCUUUGCUGGACCUUCAACAAAAGAUCGCUUCGAACUGACGUCGAAAUUGUCCGAGAGAACGUUGAAAGCGUUCGUCAACCUCUGUCUUGAGAAGUAUGAACGAGCACGUGUCGAACCAGGACACGCUGUCGGAGCUGUCGGUGCUCAAUCGAUCGGAGAGCCCGGUACUCAAAUGACACUGAAGACUUUCCAUUUUGCUGGUGUUGCUGGUAUGAGUUUGACUGCAGGUGUACCACGUAUCAAAGAAAUCAUCAAUGCUUCAAAGGAUAUCAGCACACCCGUCAUCACAUGUCGGUUGGAGCGUCGCCGCGAUAUGACCAUUCCCGAGUCUUUGGCAAGAAUCGUCAAGGGUAGAAUUGAAAGUUUGAAUCUGGAAGACAUCACCACCUACAUCCAGCUCAGCCACUCUCGCGACCGCCCCAGCUGCAUUCAUCUAAAGAUUGCUAUGGACACGAUCGACGAUCUCGGCCUGGAUAUCACCGUCCCGGAGAUCAUCAACUCAAUUUUGAAACACAGACAGCUCAAAGCCGCCAAGUUAAGAAUCCAACUCAAGGGCAGAGACGAACUCAAGAUCACCGCCGGAUUUGCGAUCAAAUCCGCGAAGCGAGGCUCCGCCGCCAAGAUCGAUGAGGAAGGCCAACAACAUGAAGGAUUACUCCGCUUGCAGGCCUUGCGUCGAAUCUUGCCCGCCGUCCACGUCUUGGGCCAUCCUUCUGCCACACGAGCCGUGGUAAUGGCAGAGGACGACCCGCUCUCAGACGAUAUCCUGGCGCUACGCAACGCCGCGAAACGCGCCAAAGCCGAAGCCGAAACCCAGACCGUGAACUCGGAGACAUCGACGGCAGAGCCAGAAAUCAAGCAGGAGAGCACGACAAAGCCCGCGGAUGGCGCGGCGCCAUUAGUCAAAGUCGAACCCCCAUCGCAAGCAGGCAAUAGCAAAUCGACCCUCGCUACCGCUGCCCCGGCCGCGCCGUCCAAACCGGUGCAAAUGCACAAAGUGAUGGUCGAAGGCUACGGUUUCCGCUACUGCAUGAACACCGACGGGGUGGACUCGAACACGACACAAACCAACUCGAUAGUCGAAACGCUCCAAGUGCUGGGCAUCGAAGCGGCGCGCUCCAAAAUCAUCACCGAGAUCCAAGAAGUCACCAAAGACCUGUCGAUCGACCCGCGGCACAUGGCGCUACUCGCCGACGUCAUGACGUACAAAGGCGAAGUCCUGGGGAUCACGCGGUUCGGCCUCGCCAAGAUGCGCGACAGUGUGCUGCAACUGGCCAGUUUCGAGAAGACGGCCGACCAUGUCUUCGAGGCCGGGCAGGUUGGCAAGGUCGAUAAGAUCGAGGGUGUGAGUGAGAGUGUGAUUGUGGGCAAAACGAUGCGUGUCGGCACCGGCAGUGUCGAGGUGGUGAGGUAUUUGAAUCUCGAUCAUCGGGAGUUGAAGAAGCGGAGGCCCUGUCUUUUUGAGGAUGCUUGGUCAUCCGCCGGUCCUGCUAGGAGGGGUGCGAGGUGA